ACACUGCAAGGACCAUGAGGCCACUGUGUGUGACCUGCUGGUGGCUUGGAUUGCUGGCCACCAUUGGAGCUGCUACAGGUCCAGAGGAUGAUGUUGAGGGUGCAGAGGAUGGCUCGCAGAGAGAGUACGUUUACCUCAACAGGUACAAGCGGGCAGGUGAAUCCCCAGACAAGUGCACCUACACUUUCAUUGUGCCCCAGCAGCGGGUCACAGGUGCCAUCUGUGUCAACUCCAAGGAGCCCGAGGUGCACCUGGAUAACCGUGUGCACAAGCAGGAGCUGGAGCUGCUCAACAAUGAGCUGCUUAAGCAGAAGCGGCAGAUUGAGACACUGCAGCAGUUGGUGGAGGUAGACGGUGGCAUCGUGAGUGAGGUGAAGCUGCUGCGUAAGGAGAGCCGCAACAUGAACUCCCGAGUCACACAGCUGUACAUGCAGCUCCUACAUGAGAUCAUCCGCAAGCGGGACAACGCACUAGAGCUCUCCCAGCUGGAGAACAGGAUUCUGAACCAGACAGCCGACAUGCUACAGUUGGCUAGUAAGUACAAGGACCUGGAGCACAAGUUCCAACACCUGGCCAUGCUGGCCCACAACCAAUCGGAGGUCAUCGCACAGCUAGAGGAGCACUGCCAGCGGGUACCUGCUGCCAGGCCUGUGCCCCAGCCACCCCCAGUCACCCCACCUCGGGUCUACCAACCACCCACCUACAACCGCAUCAUCAACCAGAUCUCCACCAAUGAGAUCCAGAGUGACCAGAACCUGAAGGUGCUGCCACCCCCUCUGCCAACCAUGCCUACUCUCACUAGUCUCCCCUCUUCCACUGAUAAGCCAUCAGGCCCAUGGAGAGAUUGCCUGCAGGCCCUGGAGGAUGGCCACGACACCAGCUCUAUCUACCUGGUGAAGCCCGAGAACACCAACCGCCUCAUGCAAGUGUGGUGCGACCAGAGACAUGACCCAGGGGGUUGGACGGUCAUCCAGAGACGCCUAGAUGGCUCUGUCAACUUCUUCAGGAACUGGGAGACCUAUAAGCAAGGGUUUGGGAACAUCGACGGUGAAUAUUGGCUGGGCCUGGAAAACAUCUACUGGCUGACAAACCAAGGCAACUACAAACUUCUCGUAACCAUGGAGGACUGGUCUGGCCGCAAGGUCUUUGCAGAAUAUGCUAGCUUCCGCCUGGAACCAGAGAAUGAGUACUAUAAGCUGCGGCUGGGGCGAUAUCAUGGCAACGCAGGCGACUCCUUUACCUGGCACAACGGCAAACAGUUCACCACUCUGGACAGGGACCAUGACGUAUACACAGGAAACUGUGCCCACUAUGCCAAGUGAGGAUGGUGGUAUAAUGCCUGUGCUCACUCCAACCUCAAUGGGGUCUGGUAUCGAGGGGGCCAUUACCGGAGCCGGUACCAGGAUGGGGUCUACUGGGCUGAGUUCCGAGGAGGAUCUUACUCGCUCAAGAAAGUGGUGAUGAUGAUCCGGCCAAACCCCAACACUUUCCACUAAGCUUGCCCCCUUCCCAGCCACUCCUGGCCAUUACCGGAAGACAUUGAA